CAAAGGCGGUCUAGAUGCGCAGAAGGUGCAAGCCUGAGCUCAGGCAGAACUUCCAGAGUGCAUCUGGGAUCUGCAUUUGCCACUGGUUGCAGAUCAGGCGGACGAGGAGCCGGGAAGGCAGAGCCAUGUGGCUGCCCCCCGCUCUGCUCCUUCUCAGCCUCUCAGGCUGUUUCUCCAUCCAAGGCCCAGAGUUUGUGAGAGCCCCAGAGCAGGGGUUCGUGACGGUUCAGUGCCACUAUAAGCAAGGAUGGGAGACUUACAUCAAGUGGUGGUGCCGAGGGUCACGCUGGGAUACAUGCAAGAUCCUCAUUCAAACCAGAGGGUCGGAGCAAGUAGAGAAGAGUGACCGUGUGUCCAUAAAGGACAAUCAGAAAGACCGUACGUUCACUGUGACCAUGGAGGGGCUCAGGCGAGAUGACGAAGGCAUUUACUGGUGUGGGAUUGAAAGAACAGGAACUGACCUUGGGACUCGAGUGAAAGUGAUCGUUGACCGAGAGGGAGCAACUUCCACAACAGCAAGCUCACCUGCCAACAGCAAUAUGGGGGUGUUCAUCGGCUCCCACAAGAGGAACCACUACGUGCUCCUGGUAUUUGUGAAGGUGCCCAUCUUGCUCAUCUUGGUCACUGCCAUCCUCUGGUUGAAGGGGUCUCAGAGGGUCCCUGAGGAGCCAGGGGAACAGCCUGAAUACAUGAACUUCUCUGAUCUUCUGACUAAAGACAUGGCCGCUUAGAGAGAUGGAUCUGCAGAGCCUUCCUGCCCUGGACCACGUUUCCAGAAGGGACUCGGGCUGUGGAAGGAACAUCUGCGAGUCCUUGGGAUGCAGCGACUAAGAUAGGGGCCCUGGGACUCCGCCCUGGCCUUGGAGCUGGUGGGCACCUCCCUGUUCUGCACAGCUCAGGGAGUUAGCCAGGUCCUCUCCCAAGCCACGGUGCCAGCACCUGUUCUCUUGGUCAGGAGCUGUAGAGAUGGAGCUCAAGCACUGGACGACUCUCCCCACUGCUGGAAUAACUCGGGCACAGAGCAUGGGACCAAAGUACAGAAAGAGGUUGGGGGAGAUCCCCCAGCCCUAGACUUCCAUCAUUCCGGAGACCAACUCAACGCCGUCUUUGCCUGAGAGCCUGGUAUAUCCGUUUUUUAAAAAUAUUUUUUUCUAGCAAAGUUGGGUUUUAAUGACAUGUUCAUAGGAAACCUGUCUGAUCCCACACACAAGGAGAGUGAUUCUGGGAUGAGUUCCUGGUUCUAGGGCAUGAGGGGCUGGAUGGACUCUGUCCCCAGGGAGGACAUUGCUCUGAGUCCACAGGGCUGAGGAGGCAAUGGGAACCUCCCUGGCCCAGCCCAGUGCUUGGCCUCCUCCUCCCACCUCCUCCUCCUCCCACCUCCUCCUCCUCCUGGCUCCCCAAGCUCCCUGCCCACUCCCCCACCUCAGAGGGGCUGCAGCUUGGGAGCCUCCUCGGCAUGACAGCUCAGGUCUCCUCCCCAAAAGAGCCUGUCGGGCCUCAAGAACCACCUCCAGGUGGGGAGGGCAGUAACGAAAACCGUCGCAGGAAAUGGCACCCUCCCUUUUCAGUGAUGUUGAAAUCAUGUUACUAAUGAAAACUGUACUAGGGAAGUGGUCCUGUCUCCUCACAGGCCUCACCCACGGCGAUGAGGCCCUCGGUGUGGUCACUUUGUGCUGUAUGGGUGAGGGACCCUCACACCAAAGGGACCUUCCCAUGUGAGACGUGCUCCCGCCCCCAACUGCCCACACGCAAACACACCGCACAUGUUCAGCAUGUUGCCCUUUGGACACCCAUGAGGAUGCCUCCAACCUGCUCUUGGUUCUAAUAGGGAGUCCUGACUGUCAGCAGUGGAUAAAGGAGAGGGGACCCUCUGGUCCCUAGCAUGGCACCCGGAGCCUCCCCUUCCCACUGCGACUCUCUAAUCCCCUCUUCUUGUCCUUCAGCCGAAGAGAAACUUUCUCUGACUUUGAACUGAAUUUAGGGCUCUGGCCAAUGAUGGGCCUGAAAAUUCCAUAAUGGCCAGAGAGGAGAGUUCGAGUCCGGCUAAGAUCCCCUGAGUCAUUCUGUGAGGGACCAAGACCCACAGUCCACCAGCCCCGGGGCCCUGCCUCCUGGAAUGCGUUCCUGGAUCCAGCCUCCCAAAGAUCCGACCAGACCCAGGGAGGACCGCACCGCUCCGCGGGAGGGAAAGCCAAAGCACGGUGCUUCGUCAGCUGGACUCAAAGGGGCGAGGGCACAUUGGCGCUUGUCAACGUGAUGUCAUUCUUUUCCCACCGUUUCUUCCUGUUGAUAUUCAGUGAAUCCCUCAAUCUCUCUGGAGCUAGUGUGGCUGGGUUGUUAUUCUCGUGGCUCUGUUAAGGAGAAUCCACUGGACUAAAGUAGGCAUCUACUGUCUGUCUGCCCAACUACCACCCCCCACGCACGCCCUUACACCACCACCCCUUGUACACAUCUCUAGGAAAUACCCCUUGGGGUUC